AUCUGCGUUACACCUCGAUGCUUAGCACUCCCCUUCCAGGUCGCAGUCAGCAUGAGUAACUUCCUGUAUGCUCAACCCGACAAUGCAGAGUUCCAAGUCACGUCCUCCGCCCCAAUGUUAAGUUUCUCCGAGCUCGGCGAACACCGAAACCAUUCAAGCGAGGUAGACAAGUCCCGUGAAAGCUAUCUUGAACACCAUCGUUUGCUCCUCCGGAAUCACCUCAUUUGGCACCGAGUCAAGGCCAUCUUGAAGGCACUAAUUCUUCUCUUCCUCUCGACCGGGUAUUUGGCUUUCUGUUACACUGUUAAUCGCCGUAUCGUAACACUCAAAUCUCUGGGACCGUAUUCCAUCACACCGAACCACUUUGAAACGGUUAAGAGUGCGAUUACGACACUUAAUAUUGCUCUUGUCACUCUUGCUCUUUACCCCAUUUCCGAUAUCUUAUCAGAGUUGAAGAGCGAAGAAUUCUUCCGUGCACUUAUUCAAAAGGGGACACGAGGGGUGCCUCUCUCGACAAUUAAUGCCAUUUCUAGUCCGGUAUUUGGAAUCAUAGACUCGAUCCACGCAAUAAUAACUAGGCGAUGUUCACGAUUUUUUGUGGUCGCCAGUGUUGGAUCUCUCAUCGCGUUUGUAACUUCGGUCCUUGCACCUACUGCAUUGAGCAUUCAAAGUGUCCUUGCAGACGGUGACAUUGUGGCAAUCUCAGUUGGGGCGGUGGCAAAUAACAGCGUCUUUAACGGAUCAGACGUUAUAACCGAAAUGAAUGCUGAAAGCAACGCAGACUUCGCUGCUUCUAUUCUGUGGGCGGAGACGAUCCUUGGACUACAGUAUGACUUUUCUGCUGCUGCCAGUCUUGAAGCAGAUGUCUCGGCAUUCAUCGUACCACAACCACUCGAUCUUCCGAUGACUUCAACUGCCCGUUGGUUGACGGAUGUGAUUGGCUUGAGCCCAUCUUGCACAUGGGCAUCCACGAAUAUAACCCAACCAAUCAUAGUGCUUGAUGCAUCAGAUUCUUUUUCGCCAGUGGCGGGAGUAUAUCUGGAAGGCCUGGAUUUAGAUGUUGGCAUUUCCCCCAAUGCCGUUUCUGGGUCGUCUCUGGCAAAUGUUGCUGCCCAGGAUCCCACAUUGACCGUAUUUAAUCACACCACCCUCAUGCGUCCUACAGACGGCUCGACAGUCUUCCUUGCUGGUCAAUGCACCGAAGGCUGUUCGACAUACUCCUCUUCCAACUAUGUAUGGUUGAAUUUCACUGGGAUACCGACGUUCUCUCUUCAACUCCCUCCCACGAUGGUCUUUGGGACCGAAUCAUGGCAACUGGCUUUUCUUGUUUGCAAACCAAACGCAGUAAUCGAGACUCGCGAGGUUCGUGCAGAAGGUAGCGCCAUGUUGUUCGUCCAGCCUCCUAGCGACGGGAAGCAACUCACGCGUCAGGGAAACCUUUUCUCGCUCGAUACGACGACCAUGUUGUCCAUCGCACUGGGUCAUAUGCUAGAAGCUGGACCUUCAAACAACAGUGCCAUGUUGGGGCUUGGGUCUGAACCCCAAGUCAAGUUCCUGUUCGGUUCCAAACAGGUCGACUCCUGGCCGGGCGGGUAUAGUGAAAGUGGCUCAGAUAUCGUGAAUGCCUCAUUUCUUUCGAUCGCGAAUCUUUCGACAAACUUUGGCCAAAUGCUCCAGUCAGCAUCGAAGGGUUGUACCUGUCAGGAUACCUCGGGACUGCCUACGUUCCGGCCAGAAUUUCAACUCUUGAAGUAGUCUUCGUAUCUUCUUCGCCGCUUAUUAUCGUCUCCACUGUGACUUUCCUCCUCUUGUACAUAUUUCUUGG